AUGGCCCGGGAGCUCGCCGCAGCGUGUGUGGUUGCCGCCCUAGUGGCCCUGUGCGCAGCCGCACUCGGUGUGGCCGCGCAGCCACAUGCGCCGCGCCCACUGCCGUCCAACUACCAGAUGAUCACCCCGGGCAAGUACAAGAGGGACCAGCAGACGGCGUGCGACGAUCCCAAGGACAAGAAGGCCAAAUGCAUGGCCAAGUGCGACAAGCGCUGCCCCAACCAGUGCAUCGUCCUCUGCCCCGGAUGCAAGACAUUCUGCAGUACUUCCCUUACUUAUUACACACAAUCCUCACUCACUCUUCUCGCUCUGAUCUUCACUACUAAAAAGACAUUCGCGUUUUGUUUCCAAGUGUGCGACUUCUACCCCGGCGUGUCCUGCGGUGACCCGCGCUUCACCGGCGGCGACGGCAACAACUUCUACUUCCACGGCAAGAAGGACCAGGACUUCUGCAUCCUCUCCGACGCCAACCUGCACAUCAACGCGCACUUCAUCGGCAAGCGCAACCCGGCCAUGAGCCGCGACUUCACGUGGAUCCAGGCGCUCGGCAUCCGCUUCGGCGCCGGCGCCGACGACCAGGACCACCGCCUCUACAUGGGCGCGCAGAAGACCGCCAAGUGGAGCAACGACGUGGACCGCCUGGAGCUGGCCUUCGACGGCGCGCCCGUCAGCAUCCCGGCCGAGACCGGCGCCGCGUGGGAGCCCGCCGCCGUGCCGGGGCUCACCGUCACCCGGACCGCUGCCGCCAACGGCGUCAGGGUGCAGCUCAGGGGCGUGUUCGACAUCGUCGCCAACGUGGUGCCCAUCAGCGAGGAGGACUCGCGCGUCCACAACUACAGCGUCACGGAGGACGACAGCCUCGCGCACUUCGACCUCGGGUUCAAGUUCUUCGAUCUCACCGACGACGUGCACGGCGUCCUCGGCCAGACCUACCGCGCCGACUACGUCAACCAGCUCAGCGUCAGCUCCAAGAUGCCCGUCAUGGGUGGCGCGCCCAACUACGUCUCCUCGGACAUCUUCGCCACUGACUGCGCCGUCGCAAGGUUUGGUGCCCGUCGCGCCGGCAUCUCCAUGGUUACAGCUCAGGCCAGUUAA